UACUCAGUUCCAAGUUUGGAGCUUUUAGCUGCCAGCCCUGGCCCAUCAUGUAGCUGCAGCACAGCCUUCCCUAACGUUGCAACUGGGGGAAAAAUCACUUUCCAGUCUGUUUUGCAAGGUGUGCAUUUCCAUCUUGAUUCCCUGAAAGUCCAUCUGCUGCAUCGGUCAAGAGAAACUCCACUUGCAUGAAGAUUGCACGCCUGCAGCUUGCAUCUUUGUUGCAAAACUAGCUACAGAAGAGAAGCAAGGCAAAGUCUUUUGUGCUCCCCUCCCCCAUCAAAGGAAAGGGGAAAAUGUCUCAGUCGAAAGGCAGGAAGCGAAACCCUGGCCUUAAGAUUCCAAAGGAAGCAUUUGAACAACCUCAGCCCAGUUCCACGCCACCUCGAGACUUAGACUCUAAAGCUUGCAUUUCUAUUGGAAAUCAGAACUUUGAGGUGAAGGCCGAUGACCUGGAGCCCAUAAUGGAACUGGGGCGAGGUGCGUACGGGGUGGUGGAGAAGAUGCGACACGUGCCCAGCGGGCAGAUCAUGGCGGUGAAGCGGAUCCGGGCCACAGUAAAUAGCCAGGAGCAGAAAAGGCUACUGAUGGAUUUGGAUAUUUCCAUGAGGACAGUGGACUGUCCUUUCACCGUCACCUUUUAUGGUGCCCUCUUCCGGGAGGGUGACGUUUGGAUCUGUAUGGAGCUCAUGGAUACGUCGCUAGAUAAAUUCUACAAACAAGUGAUUGAUAAAGGCCAAACAAUUCCAGAGGACAUCUUAGGGAAAAUAGCAGUUUCUAUUGUAAAAGCGUUAGAACACUUACACAGUAAGCUCUCUGUCAUUCAUCGAGACGUCAAGCCUUCCAACGUGCUGAUCAACACUCUGGGCCAAGUGAAGAUGUGCGAUUUUGGAAUCAGUGGCUACCUUGUGGACUCUGUGGCUAAAACUAUUGAUGCAGGAUGCAAACCGUACAUGGCUCCUGAAAGAAUAAACCCAGAGCUCAAUCAGAAGGGCUACAGUGUGAAGUCUGACAUUUGGAGUCUGGGCAUCACAAUGAUUGAGUUGGCAAUCCUUCGGUUUCCCUACGACUCUUGGGGAACUCCCUUCCAGCAGCUCAAACAGGUGGUGGAGGAACCCUCGCCACAACUCCCAGCGGACAAAUUCUCCGAAGAGUUUGUUGACUUUACCUCACAGUGCUUGAAGAAGAAUUCCAAAGAACGGCCAACAUAUCCAGAACUUAUGCAACAUCCAUUUUUCACCCUACACGAAUCCAAAGCAACAGACGUGGCAUCUUUUGUAAAACUGAUUCUUGGAGACUAAGUACCGUGGACUCAGUCGGUUGGCCCUCCUGUGGAUUGGUGGGAUUACAGGGUGAGGCAGGUUCACUAAAGCGCCAAUAGAAACUCAUCUUUGAGAUAAUUUAAUCCUGCCUCUCAGAAGGUUUUUUUUUUUUUUCCUCUCCCCAUUUUCUUUCUUUUUUUUCCCCCCCUCCAGAGGGGGCCUUGGAAUCUCUAGUAUAGAAUGAACUGUCUAGAUGGAUGAAAUAUGACAAAGGCUUAGGACUUAAAAAGGUGAUUAAAUAUUUAAUGAGGUGUCAUAUGA